AUAAGUCCCAAUGACCCCCGAUUCACAAUUUGCUAUAUACAGUGGGAGUACGGCGUAGUUGCUGAACAUUGUUACGAAUCCAGAGGAAGAAAGGUAAGAUGUAUCGGCACAUCUUAUCUUUCCUGAUUCUCUGCUGGCCAGCCAAGAGCAUAGCAACUCGUCGGCCCCUGUAAACGAUGACUGAUGGCUGGGCACGCCGAGGGUGUUGGUACGGCAAUGUCGAGUGGCAAACUGCGACUCAUGACCCGAUGGAUACAUGGCGAGAUGUGGACACCGCAACGCCCAGAUCCACCAGGCAUAGGCUUUGGAUGUGUAAAGAUGUGUUCGCGGAUCGUCGCCAUUCCUGUCCAAGCGUGCGAGCGGAUGAGUCUGGACAGCUGGUGGAGUUCGCUAGGCGCAAAGAGCGGCAAAGUCGAACCGGCGCGCGCCUACCUAGUCUAGCACCUUGAAUUCACCCACCCGUCCCGUGGGCCGUACCAUCCCAUCUCGCAUGACCCUGAGAGUCUGUCUCGCGGGCUCCGGUCAUUGUUGACUUUUUCCCCAACUUCUUAAGGUCAGCUCUGCUGCUCCUCCAUCCCAAGCGACACAAGUGACAGACACAUUCCCCUCGCUCUCAUUCGCGCUCUCAGCCUCGCAUCCAUGUCUGAAACCCCCGCCCCCACCGCCGGCCCGCCUACUGGAACGGCGCCAGCACCACCUGCCACUGCCGCUGCCACCUCCACCUCUGCCGCGGUAGACACUCAGACGGACCAUAACGAUUCAGUCCUCACGCUCGAAGUCGAUACCGGCGCGGAUGGAGGCAACACCACCGAAAGCGAUACUGAUUCGGCUUACGAAGGCAAUUCGACCGCCAGUACCUCACUUGCCUCGUCCGUCCUCAACUACGAGUAUACCAAUGGCCGCCGAUACCACGGCUACCGUAGCGGCAGCUACCUGCUGCCAAACGAUGACGAGGAACAGGAUCGCCUCGACUUCGUCCAUCACAUCUUCCUGCUGAUGCUGGAGGGCAAUCUGUACAACGCUCCUAUCCAGGACCCCAAGCGCGUGCUCGACAUCGGCACUGGUACAGGCAUCUGGGCCAUCGACUUUGGUGAUGCUCAUCCGGGCGCCGAGGUCUUUGGAACCGACUUGUCGCCCAUUCAGCCCAGCUGGGUCCCUCCAAACGUCAAAUUCUACAUCGACGACGCCGAGAGCGAUUGGGUCUACCCACCCGAUGAGCAUUUCGACUUCAUACACGCGCGCGAACUGGCCGGCGCCAUUGGUGACUGGGAUAAGCUAUGCAAGCAAUCCUUCGACAACCUGAAGCCUGGUGGUUAUCUGGAGUUGCAGGAGCCAAUUGCCCGCUUCGAGUGCGACGAUGGCAGUUUUGCCCAGGCCAAAGACCUGUAUCAAUGGCAGGAGCUCUGCAACCAAGCCGCCAUGAAGUUUGGCAAGCUUAUGCAAUCGGCCGGCGAGUUGAAGGGUAAGCUGCUGGCUGCUGGCUUUGUCGACGUCCACGAGAGGAUUCUCAAGGUUCCAAUCGGUCCUUGGCCUAAGGAUCCAAAAAUGAAAGAGCUCGGGCGCUACCAUCGCGAGCAACUCGCUCAGGGUAUCGGCCCAUAUACCCUGGGUUUCCUAGGUAAAGUGCAAGGCUGGAGCGAGGAUGAAUGCAAGGUCAUCACCGCCAAAGUCAUCUCCCAGAUGCGCAACCCGAAGAUCCACACGUACAUCAAGUAUUAUUUCGUACACGGUCGCAAACCCGAAAGCUCCACGAACUGAAGCCGACGAUAGCAUAUGAGGGAAUGGAAUGACGUUGACGAAUUUGCUUU